GAACAAGUGCAGCACAAGUCGCGGAUGGCGCUAAAUCUGCUUCUCGAAAAGGGUAGAAAUCAAUGCAGAAGAUGCAAAAAAGGCAGUAGAAGAAGCAGCAGCUCCAGCAGCAGAAGGAGCCCUCUUUGAAAAUGUGGCAUCGGAGCAGCAAGAUCAAGCAAGACCCGGCAUGACGCUGCUUCUUGUGCCUGGGGCUGCGCUGCUCCUUGCUUUGUGUGUUUCGCAGUUCUUUUCUGCUUCAUCACUUCUUUUCACCUCUCCUUCCUCAGCAGCUGCUCUCUCUCUUCGUUCAUCUUCGUUCUGUGUUGGUUUUGCUGCUUGGGCCUAUGAAUUUUAGCGUUGCUUCUGGCCUUGAUCUCAUUGAAUUACCGGAAAACAACAGAAGAAAGACACCUCAGAAGAUCUCUGCUCUUUCCAUUCACAAUGCUACACUCUCUCCAACUGCUGUUUUCUCACACCAACUGACUCAUCUAACCCAAGCUUUUGUUCUUCACCAGCAUCCCCAAUCCAUUUUCCAAAUGCCUCAUCACACAAAUCACAAUUCCAGUUCCACUUCCGAUCAUACUUCCAACCACACUAAUAUCGAUAUUCAGAAAAACAUUUCAAUCUCAGCUAUACCGAAAUCCUCGUCCAAUAAUCUUGCUCAGCUUUCAAUUUACAACAAAUCAUCAUCUUCUCCUUCUUCUUCCUUUUUCAACCAUAUUAUUCAAAACAACAGCACCAAUAUUAAUUCCAAAAUAGCUUCUUGUUUGGCUUUUCCUCAUUUAUCACUCACCCACCCAAACAAUAUUAAUAUUCAAACUACUCCAAAUCAAUCACCGAAAGUAAACACUAAUCCAAUUGAUAAACCCCCUAUAAUUAGAUCUGUUUCUCUUUCUUGUUCAGAUUCUGAUAUUAUAAUUGUUUCAGAUUCAGAUUCAAACUCGGGCUCAGAAGCAACCUUGAAUUCAACUUUUUUUUCAAAUUUAAUUCUGCCACAAGUAAAGAAUCAUUCUGGACAGCAAACGCUCAUUACACACCCGGAAAAUAAACAAAUCUAUUCAUCUGAUUCAUCUGAUAUAGAACCCAUAAACAUUUCCGAAUCUGAUGAUGAUAAUAAUGAUAAUGAUAAUGAUAAUGAUAAUGAUACUGAUUUUAUCUCCAAUUUUCCCAAUACGACUCAAAAUUCUAAUCAAUUAAAAUCUUAUAUCGUGUCUUUUCGCUAUGACCUUAAAAGAUUUCUAAAAUUUCAGCAAAAAUUGCCUGAAAAACAGAAAAAGGAAAAACAACAGAAAAAAAUUGUUACCCAACAAAAGAAACCUAUUAACAAGAAGAAAAAUAUAAAUAAAAAGAAGAAAAAUAUUAAUAAAAAGAAGAAAACCAAUAAUAAUAAUAAUAAUAAUAUUAAUAAUAUUAAUAACAAAAAGAAAAAGAUUUCUAAUAACAAUAAAAAGAUGUCAUCCAAGAAAAAGAAAAUUCCCCUAGCUGAUCUUCCAAAGGAUAUUCUAAGAAAAGUUAUCUCUUAUUUAAACCAAUACGACCUAAGACGUCUAGCAGCUGCCAAUAAAAGACUUUACAGCUUUUCCCUGGAAAAACUAUACAGAAAUAUUUUAAUAAGAGGAAAUUUUGCAAGACAUCAAUUUCAAUACAUUGUUUCCGCAACAAAUCGUGAAAAUUAUUUCAUCCAACGACGAGAGACAAAUGCUGUUCUAUCCAAUAAACAAAAAAAAAAGGAACACAUUAUAAUGCCCAUUUUUGCUAGAGGUUUAUACCUAGAUUCAAAUUUCACCUAUGUUUCUCCAAAUCAUCUAAAAUCUCUUUUCUCAUCUCUAUCAAAUAACCCAUCCUUAUCCAACCUAACCAAAAUGAUUGUAGUGUCCUCUUAUGAUGAACUAAACAGUAUUCAAACUGGAAACCUUUUUUCAAUCCUAGAAAACUUGAAAGAUUUAUUUUACCUUUACAUCUAUAAUUUUGGUUCUCACUAUAAUUCCUUUCCAAGAAACAAAAAUGGUAUUCAUCUUUAUAAUAACUAUUUUCAAAAUAUCAACAAGUUUAAAUACAACCUAUUAGUUCAAAAUCCAGAUCUUUUCCAUAACCUUAGAAAUCUUUCCGAUAACUUUAUUGGCUUUCCAAGAACUUUGAAACUCAAUUUUUUAAAUUUUCAAUACCUAACUGAAAUAACAUUGUUUCUAAACUGGAAAUCUACAUCUUCAACAAAUGGUCAAUCCCAAGAUGAUUUUACAAAUUAUAUUCUUGCCUUGAAUGAUUUAAAAAAUUUUAGUAACGUCAAAUGUUUAAUCAUCAACAAUUAUUUUGAUAAUAUCAAUGAUCAUAUUGAUGAAUUCACUGAUUCCAAUUUAAUCUCAAGUAUUUCUUCUUGCACUUGUUCAGAUUCUGAAAUUCAUAAUAUCAAUUAUAAUGAUGAAUGUUCAAGUGGAAGCAACAUUAAUAAUGAAACUGAUAAUGAUCCUAAUAUCAUUGGCAAAAAUAAAAGCGAGAGCGAAUCUGGAUCGGUAAGUCAGAAUGAAACCGAAACAGAUACUGAAUUUUGCAACAUUGAAAAUGGGACUAGAAUUAAAACUAAAAGCAGAACAUCUCUAGAAAAAAUUCCAUUAAAAAUUCAAAAAAAUCUCUCAAAUAAUCUUAUCCCUUAUAAAGAAACCCUGCUGGAAGAUAACAAAGAACAAUUUUCUAGUAGCUCUAGCCCUAUUUUGGUUGACAUCUCAGAUGAUACCUCAAUUAUUGAUAUUUCCGACGAUGAAGAUGGUAAGAAAAGUGCUAUUGAAUUUUUCGGUAAUGUAGUUUCGUUACCAGAUACAGGUGCUUCUGGUUCUGACUCUGAUGGAAUUGAAUUAAUUGACUAUGAUUAUUUAAUAAAUGAAAAUAUCAAGAAGAUCAAUAAUCUUGAUCCUGAUUUAGAUUCCGAUUCUUCAUUUUCUAGUUUUCAUUCGGUCAUGGUUGAUUCAAGUUCUAUAAAAUUACUAAGUGAAAUUAAUACAUUUAAAAACGAAACCAUAACUCUCAAUCCUGGAAAUUCUGAUGACAUAGAGGAUAUUUCUGUCCCACAAAACUCCCCUAAACACAAUUCUCAAAUCAAGAAGCAUUUUCAAGAACCUACCAAUGAAGAUAUAGGAAACCAAUCCACCAAUGGCAUUCAUAAUUUCAGUUUUAAUAACCGAAACGAUAAUUUAGUUGAAACCGGAAAUAAAUCUUUGAAAAACUCUAUAAGUGACUGUAUAGAAGUACUAAAUAUAUUAGCACAAAAAAAGUUCAACUUCAAUAAUUUAAAUACCUUGAUUUUAAAAAAUUUUCAUGUUCAAAACAGAUCAAAAAUCAGUAGAGAAAGCGAUAUUAUAAAUGAAAAACCAGUAUCAAGUGAUUUGGAUAACAGCAACGGACAAUUGCAAAAUUCAGACACUAAUGUAAUCUCCAGCAGCAAUCAUUCCAAUUUUCUUAAAAAUACCGAGGGUAAUAAUACCAUGAACAAAGAAAAAAAAGGUCAAAAAAUAUAUACAAAGGCUCUUGGUUCUUUGUUUUCUCUGCUUAAGAAUUUAACUAAAAAAUUAUUAUCUGUUUCAUUACGAAAGUUUGAAUUAAAUGUAUAUUGUCUGAGUGAAUACUGCAGUUUAAACCUUGGUAAUUGUGAUGCGAAACACAUUUCAAGUUUUAAGAAGGAUAAAAAUACUAAUAAUAAGAUAAAUAAAAGUUUAUCUCGAUGCCAAUGCGAUUUAUUUUUUUUAUAUGUUACUGAAAAUUUGGUUUCUGAAUUUGUUAAUUUGAAAAGAUUGGCGUUAAGAUUCAAUAUUUACAACAACAAUAUUUCGGAAUUUUAUGACCUAAAUAACGGUGAUGUUUUUUAUAAAAAUCUGAAUCAACUGAAUAAUUCUGAUAUUCUGAUGCUGAAUGGCGAUGCCUUUUUUUACGACUAUAAAGAAAACAAUAAUUUUAAAGCGUCUGGCUCUUCUUUAAAGCAAUAUGUUGCUCCCGAUAACAGUUUUAUAAGCUCAAUUGGAUCCUGUACAGUUUUCAGUGAUUUCGAAUUUGCAGAAAAUAAAUUAGAUUUAAACGAGUCAUUACCUGUAUUUUUUGAUGAUACAAAUUUUAUUGAUGACGAAGAUAAAUCUGAUUUCUUUGGAAGUUAUAGAAUCCAGCACGACAACACUUUAGAAGUUGAUGCGUUUGAUUUUCUAUCUUCCAAUUGCACUGGUGUGGGAUCUCAAACCAUAUAUAAAAAUGAAAAAAUUCUUCCAUGGAAAGAUUCAAACAUACUUUUUGUAAAUAGUUCCUUUGAAGAUCCAGGAAAAUCUGAAAGUCAAAAUCUAUUUAAAAUGCCAAAAAAUACAAAUGUUAUUGAUCAAACUUCAAAAAGUGUUUCAGAUUGUGAUUCCGAUAAUUACACAGAGAUACUUGAAGUUGAUGCUCGCUAUACUCUAAGCUUUAAAUAUAUUCAAAACUUUUACAUUAUUAUUCAAAAUUCUAUCUCAAAGUUGGAUCAGUUAGAAUAUUUAUACUUCAAUGCAUUCAAUAGCGAUCUUCUUUCUAAUUGGCCUUUAAAAACUAUGUCAAAAUCCCAAUUAAAACAAACAGAAAUGAAAGAUUUAGAUGUGGGUUUAAAAAUGGUAGGAAUUACUCUUUCAAAAACAGAAACAAUCAAUUGCAAUUUAAAUUUUGAAGGAUUAAAUUGUGAACUGUCAAAGCUCAAAUUGCCAAGCUAUCAUAACCCGAAUAUUGAUGAAUCAAUGUCGUUACUUAAAAAGGAAAAUAAGAAAGCUAAAGUUGAUGAUUACACUAAGCUUACAGGGAGUUUUACUGAUAACAAUAAUUAUAUGAAUAAUGAAAAAGAUACUCUUACAAAUUUUCAUGAAAACGAUGAUAUUUCUUUAAGUCUGGGUUGUAAAGACAAAAUAAGCUGCAACAAUCGUUCUUCUACUGGUAGCACUUCUUCUGAUUGUGAGUCUAUUAGCAAUUUUAUUGCAACAGAGAAACUAAAAGACACAUCACCCUUAAACGUUAUAGAACAACAUCACAGUGCUUUUUACAACAAGAAAUUCUCUAAAAUUAAUAAAGCUGAAAAUUAUCCAAAUCGGUUAUCUGGUCAAAAGAAUGUAUUUAAAUUUUUUUCUCAAUUUAAUGAAAACGCACAUGAAAGCUUGAAUAAAGGAAACAGUAUAGACUUUGUUGAUACUUCUAACAUUUCUUUUAAUUAUGGGCAAAGCAACUUGUUGCUUGAAACAUUUAAUCCUUUGAAUAUUGGAAAAAGCGAAAUAUUUUCUUCUUCAUCAAACAACCAAUCCAGUUCUUCAAUAUCUGUUUUUACAAAUAACAACUUGGAGUUACAAGAAAUUUCUCCGACUUCAACUCAAACCUUUGACAAUAAAACUCCAAGAUUAAUAGAUGAAGACUUUGAAUUCAAUGAUUAUGAAUCUGAAUUCGAAUUUUUGGAUAAAGAAAUUGAUCUUCGGGUUAAAGAGGAUAUGGAUGAAAACCAAACAGGUGUUAAUGAGAACUCUAUAUUUGAUAAAUAUAAAAUUAAAUAUAUGAACGGUUUUGCUGAUAACUUUUCAGAAAAAAAUCUUUUUGAAAUAUCUUAUAAUUUAAAAGAGAAUUUUUCAAAAGCUUAUAAUUAUUAUUUUACAAGUUUUUUUGACCCUUUAAUUUCUUCUUUUCAUAAACUCCGCUUUUUAAUCCUUCCAAAUUUUAUUCAACAGUUUUUUAUUACAAACAUUGAAAUGUUAAAAACAUUUCUAAAAAGCUGCAAAUGUUAUCAUUGCAAAUUGACCAGAAGAAAGUUGAAACGUUUGAUAAUUCCCUAUAAAAGUGAUUCUUCCCAAAAGUUGCUGGAUUUUUAUAAAAGACUAAUCGCUGAGGUUCAAGCUAAUUUAAAUGCCUCGAAUUUUGAAAACGAAAUCAAUUUGAACUAUUUAAUUUUUGCUAGAUGUUUCAGCUAUGACAUAAAAAAUUCUGUGAAAGAGGAGCUAUAUGACACUCAUCGAAAGUUGCUGGCAAACCCGAAUUUCAAUGAAUAUGAGCUAUUCGUUACUCUUUUUAUCCAUAGCCUAAAGGAAUAUCUAAGUUAUUUUGUAAAUAGUUUUCCAAAUCUAAAAUUGGUAGUCUUGAAUGGUAUUUACUUUAAAGUGGUAUCGAAAAUUGUUCAAAAUGAAAAUGGUGUUGAUAUAGAGAAAAGGUUUUUUGAGCCAGUACUAGAUAACUGCUAUGACUACAAACAUUGAUGAUGCUCUUGUCAUCAACUAUCCACCAGAUAGUAUUGUUUUAUGGUUUUUUUGUUUUAUAUUAUACACUAUUUCUAUUUUUUUAUUUACUUGUUUGUACAAUAAUGUGGUUUUAUGGUUUUACUUUUUUUUUUGGAACAGUUUGUGGCAUAUUUUUUUUCAGUUCGUGGGCAUUGGAUUUGAGACUGUCAAUAAUAAAUUUUUAUUUUUUACAUCUCUUUUU